AUGGCCUCGCAACUCCUCCCUCUGGAGUUGAUCGACAAGUGCGUCGGCUCCAAGAUCUGGGUCGUCAUGAAGGGCGACAAGGAAUUCAGCGGGACCCUCCUCGGCUUCGACGACUACGUCAACAUGGUCCUCGAGGAUGUCACCGAGUUCGACUACCAGGGAAACCAGACCAAACUGUCCAAGAUUCUGCUCAAUGGCAACAACAUCUGCAUGCUGAUUCCCGGAGGAGAAGGCCCCACUGCCGCCGCAUGA